CCUCCUCCUCCUCCUUCUCCUUCUCCCUCUCCCGCCCGAUCCACCCAAGAACUGCCGAUUUCGCCGGCUCGAUCCCCACCCCGACCCCGCUGCCUCGCGGGAGAUCGAUCGUUCGAUCGAUCAGAACAAGCUAAUUCUCUCAUUCCUCUCUCUGUCUCUCUCAUCGGUUCUUGGUUCGACCCAGCUCCCAGAUGAUUUCAUCCUGAAUCAUCGUCGUCGUCGUCGUCGUCACAGGCAAGAAGAGGAGAAGGAAUUACACCUGGGAUUAUCGAUUGGUUGUUCGGAUUUUCUUUUGGAUCUAUUCAUGCUCGCUCUGUGCGCCGGGGAUUCGAUCGUUGGGCAGGGCAGUGAUCUCUGCGUCGAGGGUUUCGACGAAUUGGACUGCAGAUUCGUCGCCAUCUCUUCGCAGAGGGGAUUCUGCCUCCGCCAUGGGGAGGGUCAAGCUCAAGAUAAAGAAGCUGGAGAACAGCAGCGGCCGACAUGUCACGUACUCGAAACGGAGGUCCGGGAUCCUCAAGAAAGCCAAGGAGCUCUCCAUUUUGUGCGACAUCCCUCUCAUCCUGCUGAUGUUUUCACCCAACGACAAGCCCACGAUUUGCGUUGGCGAUCACAGCAGCAUAGAGGAUGUCAUAACAAAGUAUGCACAGCAAACUCCUCAGGAAAGGGCUAAAAGGAAGUUGGAGAGCUUAGAAGCCCUAAAGAAGACAUUCAAGAAACUAGAUCAUGAUGUCAAUAUUCAGGACUUUUUAGGCUCAGGGGGUCAGACUGUUGAGGAAUUAUCGAGCCAUCUUGGUGCUUUGCAAUGUCAAAUGGCAGAUGUCGAAAAGCGCCUCAGUUAUUGGAGCGAUCCCGAGAAGGUUGAGAAUAUUGACCAUAUAAGAGCGAUGGAGCAAUCUCUCAAAGAAUCUCUGAAUCGCAUCCGGAUUCAUAAGGAGAACUUUGCAAAGCAGCAUCUGAUGAGCCUACAGUGUGCAGCUGCUCAGUUCCAGAACGACAUGAAGCUCCCACUAGGACUAACAGGUGACCCGAACACUUCAUCGUGGUUCCAUGGCGGCGGCGGCGCAGAGGCGCAGCAGCCAAUGAUGCUACCUGAAGACCCCAGCUUGCUCCAUCAGAGAGACAUCGGGUGCUCAGCGAGCACGUCGUUGCAGAGCUACCCGGGCUACUUCAGCAUGGGCAAGCAGUCCACCGACAACGCCGGCGGCGGCGAGCAGCACCACCACGCGGCGGUGCAGCAGCAGCCGGAGUUCAGCCAGGCCGACUGCCUGACGUCGCUGCAGCUCGGCGCGCAGUUCCCGUACCCGUCGGCGUUCGACAACGCCGGGCUGCUCAGCGACCGGCUGUUCGACAACGCGGCGGCGGCGGCGGCGGCGAUGGACUUCGGCGGCCACUACGACCUGCCGAGGCCCGGCGACGAGGCCAGCUUCCAGAACUGGGCGUCGGCGGCCUGCGGCGCCACCAUGUAUGAUCAUCAGCAGCAGCAGCAGCAACAGCAGCAGCCUGCCCAACUCCCUGCAGCAGCAACUGUAGAAGCACCUUCAUUCAAUCAUCCCUCACCACACCGGCAGCUCAUGAUUUGAUGAUCCUCUAGUGAAAUUGGAGAGCUCUUUUUCGCUACAUCGAAAGACAUUAUCAUUGCUGCUAAAUUUUUCGAUCACACUCAAUUCAGAAACUUGUCAUCUCAGCAGUGCGUCUUGGAAAGGGAAGAGAUAUGGUGUAUAGAGGAAAUUGGAUUUUGUCAGUGUAAAGUAUUAACUGACUGUAGCCAAUUAAAAUUGUAAAAUGUGAUGAGUUAUUACCUCUCCUGUAAAGAAUGUUACAAUUUGCCAUGAAAAAAGAAAUGGGCAUAUGCUAUUGCUAUCA